AUGAUGAAUGUGCCAGAACAUUUAACAACCAGAGAGCAGCAGAAUGUGUCAAAACAUUUGCCAACAAUGGAACAGCAAAGUGUGCUAGAUCAAUUUAUGACAACCAUGAAUCCGCAAAAUGUUCAAGAAAAUUUGGAAACAACGGAGCAGGAAGAUGAUUCAGAUCCUGAAACGCUGGAGUCACAAGCAGGCCCUUGGAAAAUCAAGAAGAAGUUGCAAAUCUUUGAUUUGAAUAAGAGACUCUUGGUGUUGAAACGACAAGCAGAGAGAUUUGUGCUUCCUGUGUUGGAAGCUUCUGAUGAUGAGAUUGAAAAAGGCUAUGAAGUUGACAUUUGGGAUGUCGACACAAAGACUACGCAUUCUCUCAUUUUUCAGAAAAGAUCAAAAUCUUAUGUUUUCACAGGAAACUGGAACGAAGAUUUUUGUAAGAGAAGGGACUUAAAGUUGUACGAUACUGUUGGUCUUUAUUGGGAUCCCUCCAACAAGUGCUUUGAUUUUUCUGUUCUUGAAGUACGAAAAGAUAGAGUUUAG